GGCAAUGCAAAUUACAACAGGGACCUCAGAGCUGAGGGAUAUCACCAAAAUGGAGCGAAUUGGCGCUCAUUCGCAUAUCCGGGGUCUUGGGCUGGACGACAGAUUAGAACCCAGAGAGAAUUCUCAAGGCCUUGUUGGACAAGCCAAGGCUCGUAAGGCAGCUGGAAUGAUUCUCAAGAUGGUUCAAGAAGGACGAAUUGCUGGUCGAGCCAUGCUGUUUGCUGGGCCUCCGUCCACAGGAAAAACCGCCAUUGCUAUGGGCAUGGCCCAGUCCCUUGGUUCAGACGUACCUUUCACCUCGAUCACCGCGAGCGAAGUCUUCUCGCUCUCAAUGUCUAAAACUGAGGCCCUCACGCAAGCUUUCCGACGAAGUAUUGGCGUCCGUAUCAAGGAAGAGUCGGAAAUUAUCGAAGGAGAGGUUGUCGAGAUUCAAAUUGACCGAAGUCUAACUGGGGCUACCAAAACCGGAAAACUCACAAUCAAAACCACCGACAUGGAAACCAUCUACGACCUUGGGACCAAGAUGAUCGACGCGCUUACGAAGGAAAAGGUGCUCGCAGGAGACGUGAUCGUCAUCGACAAAACCUCUGGCAAGAUCACAAAACUCGGACGCUCAUUCGCUCGUUCGAGAGACUACGACGCUAUGGGUGCAGACACAAAAUUCGUCCAAUGCCCUGAAGGCGAGAUCCAAAAACGGAGAGAAGUCGUGCACACCGUGUCCCUGCAUGAAAUCGACGUGAUUAACAGCCGGACACAAGGCUUCCUCGCGCUCUUCGCAGGUGACACGGGUGAAAUCAAACCUGAACUGCGAAACCAGAUUGAUACCAAGGUUGCUGAGUGGAGGGAGGAGGGUAAAGCUGAGAUUGUCCCUGGUGUUUUGUUCAUUGAUGAAGUCCACAUGCUCGACAUCGAAUGCUUCUCGUUCCUUAACCGAGCACUGGAAGGCGCGCUUGCUCCUCUGGUGAUUAUGGCCUCUAACAGAGGCAUGGCACGUAUCCGUGGAACCAAGUUCCGCAGCCCACACGGCUUACCCAUCGAUCUCCUCGAUCGUGUCCUCAUCGUCAGCACAAAACCAUACUCCGAGAGCGAAAUCCGUCAGAUCAUCCAAAUUCGGUGCCAAGAGGAGGAUGUGACCCUCACCCCCGACGCAAUAAACGUCCUAACCUCCAUGACUGCCCAAACCACCCUCCGCUACUCCCUCAACCUCAUCUCCUGCGCCCAAGUGGUUGCACGUAAACGGAAAUCCGAGGAAGUGGAUGUGGUGGAUUUGAGGAGGGCGUAUAUGUAUUUUAUGGAUGAGAAGAGGAGCGUGGAGUGGCUGAAGUUUACCCAGGGAUCGUUAAUUUUCGAGGAGAUUGAGGGUACGAAGGAUGAUAUUAUGGAUACCAAGUAGGGAGCGGGGGGUGUUUGGUAUUCGAGGGGAGAGAUAGAGGUAGAUGGUGCGCUUUCGGCUGUUUCUUGUACUCAUGGUCUAUUUGUUGUAAUCUCACAUUAGCUUUGUAUUCACGACAUUUGCAUUUC